AUGGAGAAAUACUGCAUAUCGUUCACUAAGGAAGACGCUCGGGGCAUUCAUCACCCGCACGAUGACGCAUUGGUCGUCACCCUCAUGAUCACAAAUCGCAGAGUAUUUCGCAUCCUCAUUAACACUGGAUCAUCUGCAGAUGUACUAUUCACUCAAGCGUUCGACAAAAUGGGGGCCGAACGAUCGGCUUUACGGCCGGUUCACACCCCAUUGAUCGAAUUCUCAGGAGGACAGAUCCUCCCUGAAGGAGUCAUUUCACUGCCCCUCACUACUGGCAACUCUCCGCACCAGGCAACAGUAAUGGUCGACUUCCUGAUAGUCAACCAACCAUCAGUCUACAAUGCUAUACUCGGCCGACCCUCUCUGUGCCUUCUCCAAGCUGUGGUAUCGAUGUACCAUCUCUCCAUGAAAUUUUCGACCGAGUCGGGAGUAGGAGUCGUAAAAGGUGACCAACAGGACUCACGGCGCUGCUAUGCGACGGUCGUGAAGGCUCUAACCGAGGUAACCACGAUUGAAUCGUUGGACCCUCGGGCUAAGACACAUGAGCGAGGACAACCAGUAGAAGACCUUACCCAGUGCCCUUGGACGAGACAGACGAGUUCAAAACAUUACAGAUUGGCUCGUCUCUACAAUCGCCCCUGA